AUGUCAACUUCCAUAUCGCAACCAAAACCAACAACCAAAGUAAUUUCGCUUGUACUUGACUCGGGUCCACUAAUAAAAAACACACCAAUUCAUCAUCUGGCUCAAAAAUUCUAUACAAUACCCGAGGUACUUAACGAGAUACGGGAUAAAAAGUCGAGAGAGUACGUUAGUCAAUUGCCAUUCGAAUUAGAAAUUAAGAAUCCGUCUGAACAUGCUUUGAGAGAAGUUGUUAAUUUCGCGAAAAAAUCCGGCGAUUUUGCUGUAUUGUCAGCAGUUGAUAUAAGAGUGUUGGCAUUAACUUAUAUGCUUGAAAUUGAAGCUAAUGGAACGUCAAGAAUAAGAAAAGAGCCAAUAAAGCCCACAACACGUCAAGGAGGAGCAGUGAAAAACGAAGCUAAGAACAUGAUUAUAAGGGAGGAUCAGGAGAAGAAGGAAGAAGUUGAUCGCGCAACUGGUAAUAGUGUUGAUGAUGGGAAGGAAGUUGAUGAUGGGAAAGACGUUGAUGAUGGGAAAGACGUUGAUGAUGGGAAGGAAGUUGAUUAUGGGAAGGAAGUUGAUGAUGGGAAGGGCGUUAAUGAUGGGAAAGAAGAUGAUGAUGGAAAAGACAAUGAUUGCGAUAAUAGUCAAGACGCUGGGGAAUCUGCUUGCAUAGAAGAAAACUGUCGCAAUGAUGUGCCUACUACGGACGUACAUGAAAAGGAAGAACACCGUGGCGGGAAUGAUGGUGGCAAGAGUGACAAUGACAGUGAUGGAGAGUGGAUCACUCCUGAUAAUAUUCACAAGCAUCAAGCAAAAGAACGUAGUCACAUUGCUAAAUCGGCCAAAUCUCAAAAAGAAGUUUAUAUGAAAGUCGCUUGUAUGACUGUGGACUAUACAAUGCAGAUGAGACUGAAUCUUAUUGCUGCUGAUGGAAUGAGAAUUAAAAGAAUAAAGAAUUUUGUGCUCAGAUGUCAUGCAUGUUACAAAAUAACGACUAAUAUGGAAAAACAAUUUUGUCCAACAUGCGGUAAUGCAACUCUCAUUCGAACAUCUACAACAACAGAUGAAAAUGGAAACGUUACUUACUAUCUCAAGAAAAAUUUUCGAUACAACCUCAGAGGAACAAUUGGCGGAAAGAAUGCUAAAAAUCUUGUGCUCCGCGAAGACCAACAAGAAUAUCAAAGGGCUCUCAGGGCACACCGAAAACAAAAAACGGUUGACAUAUUUGAUCCUGAUUACGUUCCAAACCUACUGAUUGGUGCCAGUCCGCCUGCAGCAGUGGGCCCUCCAAUUAUUGGAUAUGGGAAACGAAACCCGAAUGAGCGACGAGGGAGAGGAAAGAGCAAUAGAAAGAAAUGA